ACGAUCCACCAACGGCAAUUCAGUAGUAGUAUGAGCGGCCUGGCUCAAGGGAGGGUUUCCAGCAGCAAAAAGAGCCCAGUGCGGAGCAUUUUCACUUCACGAAGGCUGGAGCCAGAAUCUGUUUGCCCUUUCCGUAGUCCUGUUCAAUUCUCGCUUCUCUAAUCAGAAAUUCCCGGAGAAGGGACCAGAGAGCGAUGUCGCCCUUCGAUGGAAUCAGAGGUUUUCUGAACGACCUCUUCAACCGCCAGUUGCUCGUCUUGAAGUGCAUCUACUUCCUCUUAUUGGCAGCUGUUGUGAUUUUAUGGCCACAGUUCACCAUUCAUCAAAAAGCACUCGGACUAACGGAAUACCAGACGGGUAUCACCACGCUAGUCCUGUCUACUCUAACCAUAUGUUAUCCUUUCCUCAUUGGCAUUGCUGGGGAUAAAGUGGGAAACUACAGGGUCCCCAUGGCCAUUAUCUCCAUGGCAACGGGAGUCAUUGCCCUGAUUUUCACAUGGAUUCCAUCGCAAGUAGUUCAAAUAGCUGCUUCUAACGUCAGCGAUGCAGCGUCAGCAAACCCUUCCUCCGAAACCAGCAGCAUUAUUCCAUCUGCAAACAGAACGGCGGGAGAAGUCGAUGACAGUCGUCAAGCGAUGACCUUCUGGGUAUAUGUCGUCGUCCGAGCUUCCUAUGGAGUAUGCAACGGAGCCACGCUUACUUUAUUUGACGCAGCCGUCAUGGCCAAUGUGCAGAAGUCAGGCAUCAGCUAUGGCUAUCAAAGAGCGUGGGGGACUGUAGGUGCCAUCAUCAGCUCUUACCUCAGUGGUGUCAUUGUAGAAAAGACUGGUGGUUUCAAUGAAAUUUUCUACGCGUCAGCUGGCCUGCAGAUGGCUGCAGGAAUCUUAUUGCUGGGCGUCAGGAUUGACUACAAGGUCCCUGCUACUUCGCUGACUAAAGACCUUUUGCGGCAUUGUUUCAAAGCAGAGGUCCUGCUCUUCUUUGGGGCUAUAACAGCAGCAGGUAUGUUCAUUGGCUACAUCGAGACUUUCAUGUACCGGUACCUGUCAGGUUUAGGGGCCACACCUGUCCUCAUUGGCCUCACAGUGACUAUAGGGGCUCCCUUUGAAUUUAUUUUGACCCUCAUCACUUCCUUCUUUGCCAAGUUGGUCGGACAUCCGCCUCUUAUUAUGUUUGGUCUGCUUGCGUAUGCAGUACGAUUCUUGGGACUUAGUUUCCUUCAAGACCCUUGGUGGGUUCUACCGCUUGAGAUCCUCGAGUCCAUAGCAAAUGGCCUCCUCUUCACUGCAGCCAUCUUGUACUGCACUGUUCUCUUCCCUACAGAGACCAUCGCUUCGUUCAGAGGAAUGUUAGGAAUACUAUACUUGGGCACAGGACGUCUGUUGGGUGUUACUGUAGGAAGUGAGAUACGGGAACGACUUGGGCACAUAAUUACAUUCCGGAUAUGGGCAUGUAUAGCCUUUGCAUGUGCCACUGUUUACUUCCUGGCCUUCGGUAAAAUAAAGAAAUGCAGGUCGAGACACUUCUCUGUAAAAGAUACACAAGGACGCGAGCAAACUGAAAGUAGUAAAGAACAAUCAGGAAUUGAUAAUGAAGCAUGGGAUGGAUGUAUAUAGCUAAGGAUAUUUUUAUGGAAGUGGCCAUCUAGUGUCAGCCAGCCAAAGAUGAGCUGACAGAACUGCGAAGGUCACCAUCACACCUUGCUUUGUAGCCUCAGCUUUUGAACAACCUCAACUGUCAACACUGUCAUGACCCUGAUCCAUAUUGGAACUGAACAUUGAUAACAAAGAACCAUGAGCAACACAGGAUGUUGGCAACCUUAUGGCCACCUGAUUAAGAAUAUAUUUGCACCCUGUUGUAUUUCCUUUAACUAAACUACUAAUCAUCAGGGAAUCCAGCAAAGUUUUCUUGCCUGAGUCACUACGGGCAUUUGUGUACUUGUGACUGCACCCCACAUAAAAAUUAGUAUAGUUCCCAGCACCUUCAGCAAACAAACUCCCUUCUAGACAUAUAGUGUUUGUCUAUACAUUCAGGCUGGUCCCAGGGCCUAUACAAUUCACUUAGUUACUUCUUCUCAUACUAAGAAAGCAGUUUACACCUCUGGUCAUUUAUCAUUACAUUUUCUGGCUCUGUAUCGUGAUCACUUACUGCUGCAUUGGGAAGUUGAAACCAACAUUCCUUGCAAACUUGAAUUUCAAGUCAAUGGCCCCUGUGUGCUUGUUCCAUGUGAAUAGGUUCAUCCACUGAAAUAGUAUAGUAAUAAUAUCAGUAUGCAGCCACACAGGUCAUUUGAAAUAUCCAGAUAACAUCGAUUAUCAGUCUGUUUAUAGGUACUGGUUUCUCUCAGCUCCUGAUUCAAGCACAGCAGAGAAUGGAAGUAACUACACCCUUGUAUACAGGGCAAGAGGUGUAGCAUUUGGACCACUCCAUUCUUAGAGAGAUGACUGAGGCCAACUCAUGAGUCUGCUGCUAAGUCACAGGAGGGAGGAAGAUAUAAACCUUCUCUGGAUGCUUUACAUGGUCAUUAUUCACUUGACAGGAGAGUGUUAGGCCUGGUAGAGCAACAUAUUGUGAAUGAAGGGACUCUGCUUACGUCAUUAAUACAGAUAUUCAUAAGGAAGGAAUGACAUUCAGCUGGACGAGGCAAUAUUCCAGCACAGGACCUGGCAUCCUCAAUCAGGCUGUGUUUAGACAUAGUCUACUAUACAUCUUUGUUUUUCAUUCAUUUUUGUAGAUUGCUCCCAUCAAGACCCCACCUUGUUACCCACUGCAGGCCCGCAUUACCAGGAGAUAUAAAGGAGGCUGUAAUGGGUUAACAAAGCCUUUCCAGUGAAAUUAAUAUGAAACAGUACAAGAAAAACCAUAUUCACCAGGUCUAGAAGGGAUGCAUAGAUUGGAAAAAACGGGACAUGCAUUACAUCUCAAAUGUUUCUGUUAAAGCAGUUAAUGGACUGAAAUGAUUUCAUUAAGAAUACAUGAUACACCCUUUUCUUGUUUGUCUGUAAGUGUAUUCAAGAGGUAUUCAUGUCAGCCAGAUUGCCUAUAGAAUCACCGUUUUGAGUAUUCGACGCAGGGCCUAAGCAUCACCCUUUCAGGCCCCAGCCUGCUUAAAAACUGGAUCCCUCCUGCAAUGUUCCUCCACCCCUUGGGGGCCUUGCUCCAUUGCCUCCUUCCCAGGCCUCACACCAUUCAAAAGUGUCCAACUAUACAGGCUUAAAUUGAAAAUUAGGAGUAUAUCAAACGCCAUUAGUUUGUGUAAAUUUAUUGCAAGAGUAAGUGGAAGUACCAGAAAUAUAGUUGGUCAUCAGUUAUUAAAAAUGAAAAAUAAAUAAGUAAGAUAAUAAUAUGAAUAGUAUUGUUAGUGGAUCAAGGGCCCCUAGAGCAUUCGUCAUCCUUUGAUUUUUUUUUUUUUUUUCUCUGAGAAGAAAAGUUAAAAUAAAUAAGCUGCUGUCACAGCCACCCCCACCAAGACUGCCGGCCCCCAGGAAAGUAGUACUACCCUUUCCUGCUCCCCCCCAGAGCUUGGGCCCUGAUUAGAGGGACCUUCUUUUAAUCAAUAUAGAGGACGAGGCAUGCAGAGAGGCAAUAAACGUCUUUUUCGAGCCACACUGAAGAGGUAAGACUAGUCAAUUCGUGUCGUCACUUACUUCCCCAGCCAAGUAGUAACACGGCAUCAGCCAAGAGGCCGUCGUGUUCACAUCUAAUCCAUUUGUAUUUUCGCCAUCCGUGGUUUGGCGAAGUCAGAGUUCAAUUAUAAACUUGUUUAAUUAUUCAGAUGUAACGUAAGUAUGAAAUUGUGUGUGUUUUUUUUUCUGAUGCUGUGAGUUUUUCUUCAAUUUGUAUUGUGUAUUUGGUCGCUGACUUCCCGAUCCUUAAACUCAGCAGUUCUCCAUUGUUGUAAUGUGCCAUGUAAAUUUAUAAAGUUUAUUUUUCUUAAUAAAAUUGAAAAUAAACC